AGAUUGUGAGCAUAGUGUAAAAAUCCAAAGAAGUUUCUAGAAGAGAGUAAAUGGCAAAUCCUAAGGUUUUCUUCGACCUUACCAUCGGAGGUCAACCGGCCGGCCGUGUAGUAAUGGAGUUGUUCAACGAUGCAACUCCUAAAACAGCGGAAAAUUUCCGAGCACUCUGUACCGGAGAGAAAGGCGUAGGGAAGACCGGCAAGCCGUUACACUACAAAGGAUCAAGUUUCCACCGUGUGAUCCCAGGAUUUAUGUGCCAAGGAGGUGAUUUCACUGCUGGAAACGGUACCGGUGGUGAAUCAAUCUACGGCUCCAAAUUCGCAGACGAGAAUUUUGUCAAAAAGCAUACCGGUCCUGGAAUCCUCUCCAUGGCAAAUGCCGGACCUGGAACUAACGGAUCGCAGUUUUUCAUCUGUACGGCGAAGACUGAGUGGCUUGAUGGAAAACACGUUGUGUUUGGGCAAGUGGUUGAAGGUAUGGAUGUGAUUAAGAAAGCGGAGGCCGUUGGAUCUAGCUCCGGUAAGUGUUCGAAAGCAGUUGUGGUGGCUGAUUGUGGCCAACUUUCCUAGAUCUGAAGAUGAUCGUAGGCAUAUCGAUGAUGAUCUAGUCUAGUUAAUUACUCCUAUCGUUACUAUUUUUGUUUUGUUUCGUUUUGUUUUUCCCUCUGUAGGCUUACUUCUCUAUACUGUAAUUGGUAGUUCUUACUACUACCGGUGCAUGUUGAAUUGAAAUAAGAUAUAUUUCUCGGUUUAUUUUCA